CCGAUGCGCCGGCCGGUAUUGCCGCCGUCGUCGGAGUAGAACGCGUUGUGUAGCCUGCCGGUCGCUUUCCCGAUCGUGGAGAAGGAAAAAGGAAGCGAGGACGCGAGGGAAGAGAAACUCGGCAGCAGCCGAAAGGAGGGAAAGCGUCAGUCAGCGUGCGCACGCGGAUGGAAACUGCGUGAUGCGCUCGUGCGACUUCGCGGAAUAUAUAUAAUUUGUACAUACACACUACGCGCUGCGGGAGAGCCUCGCGAAGCCCGCGGGUUUCGCGAGAUCGAGGAAGAAUUGCACGAGCCGCGAACCGCGUCGACUUCUCGCCGCUGUCCCUCUCGAGAACAUCGCGCGACUCGGACGUAACCGUCGUCGAGGCGACCGUCCCGGCGGCGCUUCCCCGACGCACCACCAUCGACGGCGGCGACCGCGGAACGCGUGUGCUCGUACGGCCGAUCGACGCGAGUCGACGCGCGAGCAGUCAAGACGAGCGGGUGCAAGUGCUGCUCGGACCUCGAUUUCGCGGACCUCGAUUACCCGUAGAUAAUCCGCCGGCCAAACUGGACGCGAAGAUGGGUUCGAAGGACGAGUGGGACUACUACCGAAACGGACCCAGCACAUGGGUGACGAAAUUUCCUAUGGCAGCCGGUUCCAGGCAGAGUCCGGUGAACAUCGAGACUAAGCGGGCGAAAUCCGAUCACGAGGCUCUAAGUAGCAAGCCCCUGCGUUGGAGAUAUCCCGCCACAGCGUCCCGGAAGCUAGUCAAUCCCGGUUACUGCUGGAAAGUGGACACCGAUGGCGAGGGCACGUUUUUGAGCGGCGGACCGCUGAUGGACGAUGUCUACAAGCUGGAACAGUACCACUGUCACUGGGGAUGUAGCGAUUCCAGAGGAUCCGAACACACGGUCGACGGGCAAGCCUUCGCCGGCGAGCUACAUCUGGUACACUGGAACACCAGCAAGUACAAGACCUUCGCCGAAGCCGCGAAAGCUUCUGACGGUCUGGCCGUUUUGGGGGUCUUCCUUAAGGUCGGCAGGACCCACGAAGAAAUGGACAAGAUCGCGAAACUGAUGCCGUCCGUCUCGUACAAGGACGACGUUGUGGAAAUUAAGGAACCCAUCGAUCCCGGCAAACUUCUUCCCGCACGCACAGUGCGCGGCGGACGGGCCGGCACGCAAAGAUGCGUGAAUCCGUGCAUGCGCUGGGCCGACCGAAUCAUACCACGCCACGAGAACAAAUGGGACUUCCAAGACAACAACGGAUACUGGACGUACUUGGGCUCGCUGACAACGCCGCCGUGUAACGAGAGCGUCACUUGGAUCCUCUUCAAAAAGUACAUCGAGGUGUCGCAUCAUCAGCUCAACACCUUCCGGACUCUUCGAAAGUUCCCACGCGGCGAGGAGUGCCCUUGCAACGAGAACCACGGGGCGGUGAUCAACAACUUCCGUCCACCGCUGCCGCUGGGAAAUCGCGUAUUGCGGGAGUGCGGCAGUUUCUGAGGGUCGGCCCCCACCCGGAAGAUGAGCGGAGACGAGAGGGAGCGAAAGAGGCAGAAGACCGGGUGAUUUCCGAUCUCUUCCACGGUUUCUUGCGAACCAUCGACGAACCCCGAAGCGACGAUCGAUGUAGCAGCUAACGAAUCGCAGCGUUCAACGUGCCUUCCGAUUAAUCAACGAAGACCGCCUCGCCUCCGCGCUACCCUCGUUGCUUUCUCGUGAUCAUCGACUCCGUCGUUGGCAGAGACUUCCGCCGCGAGCGGGAAAUCCCUGUCGCGGAGACGAAUCAAGAAUACUUGAUAGCUUUAGCUCGCGCUACGGUGGCCCACGAGUCGCCGCACGCACUCUCAUGUUAUUUAACGCAAUUACGCAAUAAGCUGAGUAGGGCCUGAGUUAGAAUCCAACUAACACCGUUAUCGGAGGUCUUGGAAUCAUCGUAAAUUCAUGCAGAUGCAUCGUAAAACCAAAGCGCCGUUUACAAAAAUCAUACAUUACUCUGCGAAAAUGAUAAAUUUUACCUAACUUCCCCCUCCCCCGUUCACGUUUUACAUAUGUAUAGCGCAUCGAGAUGCACCGAUUUUAAACAUACUACUAGGUACCCCUGACCAGCCGGAUGUUCCUCGACGGUAGGUACAUACGCUACACGAAUCAUUAGAAGCACUUGCGUCGUAAAGACAAACACAUUUGUUAUUCUGUAGAAGAUAACGACAGGUGUAUUUAUUGACUUUUAAUAUCUCCAGGAAUGCGAUCGAUGAACUCGCGUAUUUAAAACACUCGUCUGGACGUAGCCUCCCCUGAGAUAAGCAUUUAAUUUUAGAUGUUUCUCGUCCGAGAGCUGCUCAGCUCGUUUCUCCGCUUAAAGCGCGAUUGUCUUAAGUCGCUCAUGCGGGAGCCUUUUUAAUCUUAUCUACAACGGAAGAAGCGCGUAUGGUCAGGGACGCCGUAGUAGUGGCUAAUAUAUAUAUAAUACGUGUAUAUACACAAACGUGUGCGUUUCAUUUUAAUCAAUCAAAAAGAAUUAUGAGUGAAAAGUAGAGCUAACAACGUUAGAACGUCCGAUCUUCGCGCGCUGGGAAUAUCACUUUCUCGCUAAUUAAUUAGAAACCGUCGCUAACGCGUACGCGGAAUUCCGAGACGUGCAUGCCUGCGUGCGUAGGUAGACGAUAAAGCGGAAUGUGUAACGAUAAUUGCGACACGGCGCGAUUAUUUUCGUCGUACGAGAUUACGUCUGAUUAUACGUAUCGCGAUUUUACAUGUUAGAUCGCUAAAUAUUAAUGACGAUUAAUAGAUAACCUUCGAUUUUUUUUGCAUACACUGAAAAAAAGUCUAGUUAUAACUACCAAAUGUAUAGUGAAAUAAUAUCAAUUAAAUAUUUUGUCAGUAUAACCAAAAAUAAUUUGGUGUUUCUGAAUGUUUAGUAAGUAUUAUCAAAUCUGGUGUAAGUUACUGAAUAUUUAGAAAAGUAAAAUUGGUUACAUUAGCCAAAUAUUUAAUUGACACUAUUUUACUAUACAUUUGGUAGUUAUUACCAGUCUCUUUUUUUUCAGUGUACACUCAACGGCUCGAUAUGUACAUCGCGCGGGGAGGCUAAAGUCGUGUGUGCUGUUGACGCGCGAGUGACACAGAGCAAAUCCCCGUCGUAUCGCUUUAUUCAAAGCUUCAUGCGCUUAGCGUGUUUGCUUUGUCAAAAUAUAUUCCCGCGACAUAAUCAUAGAUAUUGAGGUUUCUCGCGCUCCGAGACGCAACAAGUGCGAGAUGCUGUUUUGUCGCGAAUGCGACUGCGACGAUAGAUGCACGGCGACAGGUAACAGCAACGUUUGCAUGUUCAAAGAUAAAACGAGUUUGAUUCUUGGAAAUCAAACCGAUCAACUCGCAAGUAAGAAGCAGAGAGAAUCGAUUAGAGAUGAUAAAAAAAAACAAAUAAAUCGUGCGCUCAAUCUACACGAAAGAACGAUUUCGUUAAAGUAUCUAACUGGAUACAGAUCUAAAAAUAAUUUUGUUGGACCAUCAAAACAAUUAUGAUGGACGUUCAAGCGUGAUGAGCAAUGCUGCAAAAAGUUUUGACAUUCCACCAACCAGUUUGAGCGGUCCAACAUAAUUAUUUUGACGGCCUAAUAAAAUUAUUUUCAGAUCUGCUAAAUUUUUAGAUACUUUAGUAAAAUCGUUUCUUCCGCGAAAUGUACAAAAAGUAAAAUUGAUCAGUCUGCCUUCUGAGAGAAUCAAAUCAUGAUUUUUUCCUUUUACCAUUCCUCUUUUUUGAGAAAACAAGGAAACGUGAUUUUUAACGAAUUUUUUCUGACAAAAACUGCUUUCUUGACAAAAAAAUGACAUUUUUUUAAAACUCCAACACAAUGUCGACUAACGCGACAAAAACGAUUUCCAAUAGGAAUAAACUGAAUCAAUGAGAUAAAUUGCGUAGUUUGCAAAAUUCUCGAACGUCAACAGUCACUUGAAAUAGAUUAUAUAUUCUAUACAUUUUUUGGCGAAUUUUACAUAGUGAAUAUAUUGUCUUGUUAUGCUGGUCGCUUCUGGACACAUUAUCAUACAUGUUCUCAGGAAUUCAUUCUUUCUGUAAACUGUAAACUGUAAGAUAACGUCUUCUUUUGUAGCGAUAUUAAGACUUUUACUUGUUUGCUGUAUAUCUAUGUAUAUUCUAACUAUUGUUGGUGAUGUGAGAUAUUAUAUAAAUUUGUAUUUCAUAGUUUCGACUGUGAUAGAGAGAGAAAAGAAGAGAAAGAGAGAGAAAGAAAGAGCAAAUAAAGUACCGUUCUAUUUGCUUUUGUACGGCAUCUGGCGCGCUUUCUGUCACUCUUAUUGCCAGCGUCUCUUCGGUCCGGCUUGAAAAUAAAUUCUGGAAAUCGAGCUAGCCUCUAGUCCGAAGUACGCUCCGUCAUACGAAAGGGUACAAGGCCAGCGACCGCUCUCGUACCUGGCGGUUUGGUGUUCGCGGUCGGGACCAGUUUCAGGGGACGCGAGGAGGAAGUCCGCGUACGGGAGAAGGCGACGCGCGAUGGAAAAGACCAAGGUGAGGAGAUCUCACUUGCGAUUCCUUGAAAAAUUCCGUAACGCCCCCAAGCAAUACGGGAUUGAUUACGUCUCACGCGCUGCAUCAACGAAACGAAGUGACGCGAUCGCUGUAUGUAAUCGAGCGUGAUUGAAAAACAGGAUUUCCAAUUGUCUCUCGGUGCAGUUCGUUCGUUAAAAGUUCAAAGAGCUUGACGCUCUUCAACGUCGGAUAUUUUAUGGUUAUUUAAUUUCUUAAAAAAAUAGUCUCCUAAUCCAAUGCUUUUAAUUUCCGGUCUCUCGCCGAGUCUUUCGCGUUUCAGCGUGACGCAGUUGCAUUGCCUUGCGGGCGCUUUUACAAGGUCCGCCGGUCCCCUCGAAACCGGUCAGUGCAUCUGACGAUGCACGUGGUGCUUCACUAAAGCUUGCUACACUUGUCGUAGUCGAACACUUACUAUAGUUCUACCAUCUCGUUCGCUCACGUUGAGUCCGAGUAAUAAUAUUUUGUCUAAGAGAGAAGCAUGUACGUUAGCAGAUAAAUAUAACAAUUUUUUUUCAUGUAAAUAUUAAAUACUUAUUGACUGUUGAAAUUCAAUAUUUGCGAGAAAAUUACAAAAUUAUUUCAGCCUAUAAUUAUGAAAAGAUAAGAUCGAAAAAGAUUUAAAUCUAUCGAGAAUUAAGAGAUGUACAAGCGACUGUUAAUAUAUGUUAAUGUUUCGGAA